AUGCUUCGAGGCAAGCAUGGGCUUGCGAAGUACCCGGGCCGUUGGUCGCCAGAUCACAAGGCCAACGGGGUCAACGAGCACAAGACCAACGGAGUCAACGGUGAUGGUUCCGGAAACAAGAGGAAGAGGGACAGCGUCGAAAACGGACUGGGGAGGAACGGGACCGAUGGCGCCAAGAAGCCGGCGCCGGCAUCCAUCUCACCUACGACUCCGCCCGAAGAUGUUAUGCUCCAGCCAUAUCGAUACGUGACCUCUCUUCCUUCCAAGGGCUUCCGAGAAAAGGCCAUCGAGUCCAUCAACAAGUGGCUCCGAGUACCUCCCAAGUCGGUCGAUGCUAUCCAAGAGGUCGUAAGGAUGCUGCACAAUGCAUCUCUUAUGCUGGACGACAUUGAAGACAACUCCCCGCUGCGCCGCGGAAGACCAUCAACUCAUAACAUUUACGGCACAUCCCAGACCAUCAACAGCGCCACGUUCCAGUAUAUCGCCGCCACGGAUCUCGCGAGCCGCCUGCCGAACCCGGAGAGCUUCCGCGUCUUCCUCGACGAGGCGCGGCUGCUGCACCUGGGACAGAGCUACGACCUCUACUGGACGCACAACACGCUCUGUCCACGGGUCGCCGACUACCUGGAGAUGGUCGACAUGAAGACGGGCGGCCUGUUCCGCACCCUCACCCGAAUGAUGACCGCCGAGAGCCCCGUCGGCGGCGACAAGCUCCCCAGCGGCGGCCUCGACCUGUUCAGCUGCCUCUUUGGCCGUUACUUCCAGAUCCGCGACGACUACCAGAACCUGGCCUCGGCCGACUACGCCAAGGCCAAGGGCUUCGCCGAGGACCUCGACGAGGGCAAGUACUCGUUCGCGCUGAUCCACUGCAUCCAGAGGAAGCAGAGCGUCUUUCCUCUGCAAUGCAGAAGCUGUUAUUCACCAAUACGCGAGGAUUUGAGCCCCACACUGAGGCGAGCCUGAGUUAGGACGGCAACAAAGCUAGCCGGAUUAGGCUAAAAAAGCCUCGCCCAAUCAGUGAGACAACCAGCCAUAUCCCGACGGCGAGGUCCC